CCCCCGGAGCCGCCGCUCUCCCGCCCCCGGAGCGGCCGCCCCCGGCCGCGCAUGCCCCGCCGGCCCCUCCGCUCCCGGUUCCCUUCGCUCCGCAAUUCAGACCAUGGCAGCGGGGCUGCGUUUCGGCUCUUUCCUCCUCCUCCUCGCCGCUCCCCGGCUCGCUGGAGCAGCCGGCGGCCGGAGGGGCUCAGCAUCCGAUGCUUGCGGAGCGAGGGGGCUGUCAUCAGUCACCAGGACCAAUGGACUACUCAAUGUCACCUUUAAAUAUGACAACUGCACGCCGUACCUGAGCUCAGCGGGCAGACACGCCAUCGGAGACGUGCAGAACAUCACGCUCAGCCAGUACGCGUGUUACCAGCAGGUCGCGGUGACGAUCCUUUGGACAGCAAACGCCAUCGGGAUUGAGUACCUGAAAGGAUUUCGAGUAAUACUGGAGGAGUUAAAAUCAGAGGGCAGACAGUGCCAGCAGAUGGUUUUAAAAGAUCCAAAGCAGCUCAGCCCCAGUUUUAAACGGACAGGAAUGGAAUCCCAGCCCUUUGUAAAUCUGAAGUUUGAAACAGAUUACUUUGUAAAGAUUGUUCCUUUUCCUUCCAUUAAAAAUGAAAGUAAUUAUCACCCAUUUUUCUUCCGAACCAGACCAUGUGAAUUGUUGCUACAGCCGGAAAAUCUUGUCUGCAAACCUUACUGGAAGCCGCGCAACCUGAACGUCACCCAGCAGGGCUUCAACAUGCACGUGUCCUUCGAUCACGCGCCUCACAGCUUUGGCUUUAGAUAUUACUUUCUUCACUACAAACUUAAACAUGAAGGGCCAUUUAAGCAAAAGACCUGCAAACAGGAGCAAAACACGGAUACUACAAGUUGUGUUCUUCAGAAUGUGGCUCCGGGGGAUUAUAUAAUUGAGCUGGUCGACGACACUAAUACAACAAGGAAAACGAUGCACUAUGCGCUAAAACCAGUGCAUUCUCCGUGGGCUGGACCCAUCAGAGCUAUUGCCAUUACAGUCCCUUUAGUUGUCAUUUCAGCGUUUGCAACGCUUUUCACAGUGAUGUGCCGCAAGAAACAGCAAGAAAAUAUAUAUUCCCAUCUAGAUGAAGAGAGCUCGGAAUCUUCAGCGUACGCUGCAGCUCUCCAUGUGGAAAGACUCCGUCCCCGGCCGAAAGUGUUCAUCUGCUAUUCCAGCAGAGACUGUCAGAAACACAUCAACGUCAUCCAGUGCUUUGCCUAUUUUCUUCAGGACUUUUGUGGCUGUGAGGUGGCUCUAGAUUUGUGGGAAGAUGUAAAAAUUUGUAGAGAAGGGCAGAAAGAAUGGCUUAUUAAAAAAAUAAACGAGUCCCAGUUUAUCAUCAUUGUGUGUUCCAAGGGAAUGAAAUACUUUGUUGAAAAAAAGAACUGGAAACACCGAGGGGUAACCAAAGAGCCCGGGAAAGGAGAGCUCUUUGUGUUCGCCGUGCUGAGCGUUGCGGAGAAGCUUCGCCAGGCAAAGCAGAACCCAGGCGACCUCUGCAAGUUCAUCGCAGUUUACUUUGAUUAUUCCUGCGAAGGAGACGUCCCUGGGAUCCUGGAUCUGAGCACCAAAUACAAACUCAUGGACAAUCUCCCUCAGCUGUACUCACAUCUACACUCCAGGAACCUGGGUGUGCAGGGCUCAGAGGUGUUUCCUGCUAACAUUAGUAAAAGGAAUUAUUUCAGGAGCAAAUCUGGGAGGUCCCUUUAUGUGGCCAUUUGCAAUAUGCAUCAGUUCAUUGAUCAGGAACCGGACUGGUUUGAGAAACAAUUUAUUCCCUUCCCUCCACCUUCUUUACGUUACUCGGAGCCUGUCACGGAAAAAUUUGAUUUGGGCUUGGUUUUAAACGACUUAGUGAAUAAACAGGGGAUGGAUGGUGAUUUUUACCUGAAAACAGAUGUAAAUAUUGUUUCAGCUGGGAAUUCAGACUCUCACUGUGUGAUUCAGCACUUAAACCUUGGAGAAGAUACAGAAACUCAGGACAUUCAAGGUGGUGGCAGCUGUGUUCUUCAGCCGUUGUUACAUGUUAAAGCUUCAAAUCUUAAAGAUAUGCCUCGGGAUUCCGGAAUCUAUGACUCAUCUGUUCCUUCGUCUGAAUUAUCUUUACCUUUAAUGGAAGGACUAUUGACAGACCAAAUUGAAACAUCUUCCAUUACAGAAAGUGUUUCUUCAUCAUCAGGCUUAGGGGAAGAAGAACUUCCUGUAAUCACUGCUACAAAAUUCUUAGUGCCUGGGAUAUGUAAAGCAGAACUUCACUGCCACAUCCAUCCUGAGGAACUGCAGGCGAUCGCUCCUUUAUAACACCUUGCAAAUUGUUCUGCAUUGCCACUUUAUCAACAGCCUCUGCUUGUGCUCCAGCUGCCAGCCGUCUCAGCACUAAACCUGCCUGAAGGAGCAAAUACUCCCUGAAGAAAAUCUGGUAUUCCGAUGGGACAUUUUAUGGCCAGUAAACUUGCAUCCGUUGGUCUUUGUGUACAGUCUUUCAUGAUUUGAAAAACGUAGCAUGGAAAAAUAUAUGAGAAUUCAUUUCAAAAUGAUCCUUCUUACUGAUUUAAACAUUAAGAUACUACACUGUUUACAGAUGCUAUAAUGAAAAUUGACUUUGGGGUUUUUUGCUAGGAAUAAUUUUGCGACUGGACCUAUUAUAAAAUAGUUUGGAAUGUUAAGUCUUGCUCAGUUUUGUAGUCCAGCCUCCAGCUGUAAGUGCUGACAUACCUGAUGGCAGGAGUGUUGUAGCGCAUGAGAGCAGGAUUUUUUCAGAAGCAAGAUAAACGCCAAAGGUGAGAUCAAGCAGUUCUUCGUCAGAAGAAAUCAUUUUCUUCUAGAAAGGUUUGAGCUCCUUUCCUCACAGUUUCCUCUUCCCAAAUGUUCGUGUGUCUCAGUAUUUAAUUUCAGAUGGGUGCGUGUCUCCCUCUUCUGUCUGAUUAUCCUGUCUGUCCCCCACAAUCUGUCUGUGAUGACUCAUGAAUCGUUACUGCACUGAGUCUGAAGUAUCAUUUUGAUAACAGACAGAAUCGAGAUCCUGCAUGUGCUGGGGGAUACCAUGGAAACCAAAUGGCCUGUUUUCCUCACGGAAGGGCUAAUAGAAAGAAUACUUUAUAGAGAUGGGGGAAGGACAAUCAAAUUUUGUAUUUAAGACGUUGUUCUGGAUUUGUUCAGCCAUGAGGGAUGAGCAUGCUUUAUGGGGUCCAGACUGUCCUCCAAGGACAUGCUGCUGCAAAAUCACCUGGCGUGAAACAAGUGAAGAGGAGCAGUUAACAGGCACCAAUACUUUGUUUUGAGCCAACCAGGCAACGGAAGCCCACAAGUUAUUUUGCAGUUAUUUUUCAUACUACUUAUCAUUACUUAGUGAUUAAGGUAGUGUUAUAUUAACAAAAAUACAAAAACUACAGCUGGACGUGUUUGUCUGAAUGUGCAUGUCCUUCCCUCUGCAGUGAUGUGGUGGGUGGAGGAUUAUCCAGAAUAUCCCCCACUGUUCCCAAAGAGCAGCUCAUCAGAAGUAAAACCCAUUUGCGUAACUGCAGCUCUAGGCAGGAUUAUAAUCAGCAUGAUAACAGCAAACAGCCAAGGACACCUGAUCAAUGUGCCUUGGCUGAUUUUGCUCCUGGAGUCAGAUUCUGUCUUGUUUAACUUGCCUUUACCUUCUGCUAACAGGGGGUGACUUCAGGAACACAUCAAGGGAGAACUCACACACUCAAAAUACUCUCUCCCAUUGGAUAGAUGAGAGUUAGGCAUUGCUGUUACAUUGUGUUAUGCAUUUGAAUAGCAUGGGAUAGAAUUAUUAAACCAGUGAUGAUUUUGUUAACUUGAGAAGGUUUAAAACUCUUGGGUUGAUUUUUAUUUGUUUACAUCAGUUUGUAUUUAAUCAUUUGAAUUUCCCAACAAAAGACUCUGAAAAUGAUUGUCCCAGGUGGAUUAAGGCAGUGCUGUGACAAGUAUUUGACAGUAGCCAUGGCCAGCGGACCUCCACGUGCUCUGCAGUUUUAAUAUGGAAUUGUGAUCCGCUAGAUAUGUGUUGGAUUUGGGGGCCCUUGUCCAUUAACGGAAUGUUCCUCUUCCUCUUUUCUGAAUUGGAAAGAACGCUAACUGGAAACUUGCAGUACCUGAGGAAGUUUUAGGUAGUUGUAGGUAUAUAGUGAAUCAUCUGAACCUUUUAUUUUUUUAUGCUGUGCCUUGGGCUGUACCGAAAGCAAAAUUCUUCAUGUUUUCCCAAUCUUUGAAGUUGUAAAAUACCUGGGUCAAACUCAGCAGAAUAAUUUCCAGGUGAACGCUCCUCCAGUAAAUCCAGCUGUGGAGGGUCUGGACUCGCUGCAGUUCUGACCGUCUGGCUAGAGGAAGAGUUUGGAUUGGCGGUGCGGGCAGGGAGGUUCAGACUCCGUGUGAAGGGCUGCACAGGGUGCACAGGGGCGCCAGGGCUGUGGAACACGAGGAGAAGCUGAUUUCCGAGCAGGCAGCUGAAAUACCUGGGGAGGCAGCGGGGCUUCCCCCGCGCAGCCGCAGCGCAGCAGCUGCGGGCCUGUGCCAGGCUGAAGGUCGGGAGCGUUUCCCGGUGCCCUUAAAUUCAGCAGCGGAGCUGCUGGUACUUAACAGAACUGGGUUUGUUUGUUUUUUUCAUUAUAAAAGGUCUAUGCAGAUGCUGGUCAAAUCUGCUGGAGGGGAAGAAAAGAAGAAUUACUUCAUUCCUUCUUAGUAUAAGGUGGAAACAGCAUAUUGCAGGUCCUCAGAAGAAAGAGAAUACAAUUAAUUGAAAAUUGAAAGUAGGACAAGCCCACACUUAAAAAAUAUACAUAACUGAGGUAAUACUUAAUCUGAUUUAGUGGUUUGGGGUUUUUUUUCCCAAAACCACAGUGCUUUAAAAAAUGAGAAGAAUGUUGUGGAUAUUGAGAUGCUGGAAGAACAUAGUGCAGGAUUUGCUAUUUCAAUGAGAACAGCAGCAAAAAUCUAUUUUAAACAAAUAUGUUAAUACAGACAUUAUAGGUUAGCUUCCUGCUGUUUUCAAGCAUUAGUAAACCGAAUGUUGACAGCAAAAGGAUCCCUUGAAUUUCUACUGGGCUCAGGUGUGUGCACAGUAUUUUGAUGGUUUAAAAUGUAUUUUCUGGGAGGGAAGAAAAAAGUUGGGAAGUUAAAGAUUCAAGAUAUGGCCAUGUGUUCGGCAUUUUCAAUGUAAAUCUAGUUGUUGCCAUAAUUUGUACCUGUACAUAAACACAUCAGCUGUUGAAAAGAGAACACAGCUGACAUCUGCAGAAAUACAUUGUUUAUGACACUAUAAUUUAGAAGUUAAAUAUCAAAAUAAAAAAUGUCUGUUUGGUUUC